AUGGAAAACCAGGACACACCACAAAUUAUAACUCAUAUUGAACACAAUUUAAACCAUUCUUUAUUUGAUUGUAAAUGGAUACCAUGCUCUGCAAAAUUUGUUGUUAUUGGAUCUCUUCCGAAAGGUAGUGGGACAAUAGAAAUAUUUGAGAUUACAUCAGGAGAAAUAAAAAAAGUAAAAGAUAUUGAGCGACCUAACUCAUUUAAGUGCGCUACUUUUGGUGCAAGCAACGAUGUGGAGCGAAGAUUAGCCACAGGAGAUUUUAAAGGGACAUUAGAAAUAUGGGAUUUGGAAAAAAGUUGUCAAGUUUAUAUCACUAAAGAGCACACAGAUAUAAUAAAUUCUAUAGAUGGAAUGGGGGGGAGUACUGUAAGUUGUGGUGCACCUGAAAUUGUCACUGGAAGCAGAGAUGGGACCGUCAAAGUAUGGGAUCCACGUCAAAGGGGCAAACCUGUAGCAAACAUGCAGCCAGUAAAGGGUGAGACGAAACGAGACUGUUGGGCUGUUAGUUUUGGUAACUCUUACAACGAUACGGAGAGAAUCGUUGUCGCCGGAUACGAUAACGGGGACCUGAAAAUGUUUGACCUUCGCACUAUGUCUCUGAGGUGGGAGUGUAAUUUGAAGAAUGGGGUCUGCUCCACUGAAUUUGAUCGGAAGGACAUUCCAAUGAACAAAUUAGUCGCCACAACCCUCGAAGGAAAGUUUCACGUGUUCGACGUAAGGACACAAAAUCCAUCCAAAGGAUUUGCACAAGUGUUGGAUAGCUCAACUAAAAGCGGCACUGUAUGGGUAGCGCGCCAUGUUCCACAGAACCGAGACUUAUUUGUAAGUUGUGCUGGCAACGGGCAGGUAUCGCUGUGGAAGUACGAAUACCCUGAACAAAGAUGUCGAAUAGACAGUCAGGGAGUAGCGUGUGGUGUCCCCGGGAAACUGAGACGUUUGCAACGCAUGGUAGUCAGCACGCAGCCGAUAAACGCGUGGGAAUGGAACCGAGACCACCUGGGUCUCGCUGUCGCAACCUCGUACGACCAGAACGUCAGGGUGCUAAUUACCACGAAGCUUAACUUGCAAUGA